AUGAUGAUCUCGUUCUCCUUCGUGGGCUUGACCAUUUACCUUGUGUUACUAGCCCUCGGAGAAGUUGCGGCAUGGUCGCCAAAACCGUCCACAUUAGCCGACCAAGCGAAUCGCUACUGUGAUCCGGCUCUGGGGUUUAGUCUUGCUUGGAUUUACUGGUUGAAAUAUGCCAUCGUUACUCCAAACCAGUUGACCGCUGCCACUUUGCUCAUCGGAUUUUGGGUGGACGCCGAGAGGAUCAAUCCAGGUGUUUGGAUAACAGUCUUCCUUGCAGUCAUCACAGGAAUCAACUUCCUCCAUCAAGCACUGCCAGGCCGACUCGAGUUCUAUAUCGCCUCUUUCAAGCUCCUUGUCAUGUCUGCUUUGAUGAUCUUGUCUAUAGUGAUUGCUCUGGGAGGAGGGCCAGACCAUGACCGGCGUGGAUUCCGAUACUGGCAAUCACCAUAUGACGCAUUUGGGACGUUCGGUGCUGGGAAUGAUAAGCUGGUCGAUCGGUUCUUUGUCGUCUGCAACACGAUGUCAUCUGCCACAUUCGCAUUCGUGGGGAGCGAGCGCUCAGGUAUCUUGAUCCGGGCCCCAGAUGUGCGGAAGGCUAUGUCUCGCGCGAUCAAACACACCUUCUAUCGGGUGCUGGUAUCUCACCUUCUUGCUAUUACACUUCUGGGCAUGCUCAUACCGCCGUACUCUGAACACUUGGCUUUCAACAGCCACUCCGAGAAACGAGCAGCAGCGUCACCAUUCGUCGCCGCGAUUUAUCUAUCCGGGAUAAAAGUUGUCCCGCACAUCUUGAAUGCAUGCAUCUUAGUAUUCGUGCUGUCCAUCGGAAACUUCGAUCUCUUCCUGGCCACCAAGGCAUUAUGUGAUCUGGCGCUCAAGCACCGCGCCCCUGCGGUCUUGGCCCGAACGAACAGCCGCGGGAUCCCUAUAUAUUCCCUGCUCCUCUGUGUUUUGAUAUCGAUGCUGGCUUAUAUCAACGUGAGCAAGAAUUCGACCGUGGUGUUUGGCUACUUCGUGAACCUAGUGACCAUGCUCGGUCUCCUGACCUGGGUCUCUGUCCUGGUCACACACAUGGCGUUUGUGCGAGCACGGAGAGCCCAAGGUGUGCCCGAUAAGUCUCUUGGUGACCAUAUCAGAUUUGACCCCUUGGCAAUUGUUUCUUCCUAUAUCGCGGUGCCCCUUUAUCUUGUCCUUAUCAUUGGUUACAAGUUUGCUGUCAGAUGCAAGGGAGUGGAUCCGAUGCGGGCGGAUCUUUGGACGGACCGAUUGGAUAUCAACGUUGCAGUGUCUGUUGAGAACCGGGCGGAAUAG